AUGGCAUACAAUGCUCUAUCACAGACGGACCAGCUCGAGGUCGCGUCCAACUCUGGAUCAGAUGUCUCAGACCGCUCGCCCGUCCUCGAAUCGCAGUCCUUCGCUCCCCUCUCGCUCGACUUUGAAAACUUUGGCGGAACCAAACACAUGGACACUGCCAGAGUGGCAGCCGCAGAUAAACCCAGCUCGGUCUCCCUCCAGUCCGCCGCGGCCAUAAUACGAUCGCGCGGAGCGUCGACGGCGACAAGCUACGAACUGCUGGAGGAAGACGAGUACAAGAUGGUGGCUGAACCAGGUCCGAACGGGGAUGGGGACGCUCAAGUGGGCCACCGCGAUCUUCGCCAGCAUCAGCAGCAUCACAAGCAGCGGGACUCGACAUCGACCCCAACAACGGACUUUGGUUCGCCCGGUGGUUAUCGCUCGUCGGCCUACGAUGCAUCCAGGGACGCGGCUAUGGGGACUCCUGAGCCGGUGAUGCAGACGCCCCGUAGCCAGAGAAAUUCUACGCCUCUACGCCAUCCUACGCCCGACUUGCAGUCGAUCCAGGGGGCGUAUGUUGGGAACGUGGAGAGGCUAGAGAAAUCCGCCGAACGAAUCAGUAUGGAAUUGGAUAAUAAUGGUAUAGGCUUGCAGGAUGCGACUAUGGGCCAGCUGAAGCGUAUAUCCUCUCUUGGAGCUGCUUCGUCCCGAUCGCGAGCUGCUUCCGCUGCCUCAAUGUCGAACUCCAUAGGAAAGAUUGCUUCCCCGUCUUCCACGCCAGGUUACGGUACCCUCUCCAGGCAAUCGUCCACGAACCGGCCUCGGUUACGAUCCGGCUCCUCUUCUUCACGACUGGCCCAUAUCAUCGAACCUGAGAACGAGAGUGCCGAUGCAUCGCAGGAGCAACGGCCUGUAACCAGCUCAACGAUACCUCCUCCGCCGGACCACCACAGCCAGAUCCAGAAUCAGAACCACCUUCACCUCCACGAUGCAGAUGCAGCAAUCUCUGCUAACCCAAACGCCCCCCAACCCAACGGCCAACAUACCGCUGAAUAUACAACAUUUGAACCCGAAAUAGCUCACCAUGACCCUGACCAAGAACGGCCGGCGAGCGCUGCGUCCGGAGACUCAUACCAACAAUCCACAAACCUGUUCAGAGACUUCGAUGGCGUCCAUUUCACACCCCAUAUCCGCGAAGUGCCUCGUUCCAGAGGUGUCUCGCUCUCCAAACCACCUCUGGCCGCGCAAGCAGAGCAUUACACCGCCCCUCCUCCCGGUCAAGAUAUGGUCUUCUACCCUGCCCCCGUCCCGAUGAUGCUCAACCUCCCCCAACGGCUGUCUCGAAACCCUCCUGCGAAUGCUGAACAGGAAAAACGCCGUACACAGUUGCUCAGCUCUAUAUCUCCAGACGCUCGCAAGUCAGCCAUCUGGCUCGCAGACUCGGAACAGGGAGCUAGUUUAGCUGGGGACCGACAGAGCAAGAGAGUGUCCAACCUCCCUCCACAGCUCCGUGCAAGCGCCUUCUUCGACACCCCAAAGGCACCGCUUGAAGUUCGCAUUCAGGGAGACUCUGCUGUCGCGACACUAGAUAGCAUUCUUGAUGCUGCAGCCCAUGCUCCUGUGAGCGCGUUUACGGACCAUCCGAUCGUUGGACAUAUCGGCGGGGAUGUUUACAAGCAGAAACGGGCGAAGAAUAAGAUAAACAAGAAGCGAACUUCGCUGAAGCCUGGAGAUGCUAACUCGGAACGACCGCUGUCUUCGGCCACAAAACGGGCUAGUCAUAUACGUGCUGGCUCGGAAGGGCAGACAUUGGACCAUGUGGACGAGACUACAUCGUUACGCAGUACGUUUGACGACCAUGCCGGCCACGAGUAUGAAAAUGGUGCUCCUUCGCCCAUUGGAGAAGUGGAAGAGAAUAGUGACGAAGAGGAAGAAGACGACGAGGAGGAGGAGGAAGGAGGAGGAGACGGCUCAGAUGGAGAACCGAUCUUUGGCCAGCCGACUACUCUGCUCGCGGAACUGCAGAUGCGAAAACACGAGCAAAAGAUGAGAACCCGAACAGCGGCCACUGCCUUCCCUAACGGCAUGCACUCUACAUUGCUUGAGUUAGACAGCGUUGCGCAGCGUCAACGAGACAAGCGUGACAAGGGACGAGUCCUGCUUGCAUGGGAAGGGAACCAGAGUGCCGGACAAGACGAGGUCGACGACGAAGACGUUCCGCUUGGCGUCCUCUUCCCAGAAAAGAGCAAGCUCGCUGAUGAAAACCGGCCGCUGGGAUUGAUGGAGAAGCUGCUCCUUGAAGAGAGCGAGCCGCUUAGUCGACGACGUGCCAGGAUCAGAGGAGAGCCGUUGAACAAUGGCCGCGCUACUCCUCGCAACCUUGCACCCAGGGAUGCGAGCCCUGACAAGCGGGCCAGCGCUGCCUAUACGCUUGACAUUCCCGGGCUGCUAGGAAACGACGAGAGCGGCGACGAGGAGGAAGAGACGCUGGCACAGCGGAAGAGCCGACUCAGGGCCCGAGAAGAAGGAACUGGCAACAACUUCUCAGACGACCUGAUCUCGAGAUUCGGAGAUCUGGAGGCAGACAGCGGCAAGCCCAAGGACGCACCACAGCCAGCUGCCGAAGAGCCAGAGGAAGAAACACUCGGUCAACGCCGUCGACGUCUACAGGCAGAAGCCCAAGCGCAGGCUCAAACCAACCCUGGCAACCCUGCUAACCCUGCCGCCGUUGAUGCCUCCCGCUUCCAAGCCCGACGAACCAUGGCGAAUAUCCUACAGGCCCAUCCCGCACGAUCCGGCGUGGUGACCGCGCACUCGGAGCUCGAUCCUCGAUACCAAGCUGCGAUGGCGUCAAACCAGUCCCUGCAGAUGCCAGGAAGCCGGGCGUCGAUGCUGGCCGCCACGCCGCUGUCGAUGCCCGGACAGCGUCUCUCGGGGGCGCCUUUCCUCCCAUACGCCAACGGACCACCGCCAGGCACUGCGCCGGCUCUGCUGAACGGCGGCGGGCUGCUGAACAACAACGGCUUCGGCUAUCCCACGACCGGGUUCGUCUAUAAUCCUGCCAUGUAUCCGCAGCCGGAGAUGAUCGAUCCCAACCAGAGGGACAUGAUCGAUCGAUGGAGACUGAGCGUUCGACAGUAA